AGCACCGCGAGCACCCGUCUCAUUUCACUUUGCGUUACCGGAGGAUUGAUAGUAAACUGGCGGCGUAAUAAAGAUUUAUUACCUGGUGGGAUAACUUUAUUACGGUAGAUGCUACUGUAAGGACUUGGCACGAAUUAGGACAUCCCAAAAAUGCAGCAGCAAUCAGUAAUGGAAGAGGGUACGGCCUUUGAGCCACCCACAUACAGCUACGAUGAGACCUUCCCGGUUCUCCCCGGAUCAGCCAGCCCGAUAUCCAGCAGCCCCAAUCCUCUUUCAACGAAAAACAACAGUAUGCGUGUUGGUUGUUCGGUCGUUACACAGGUUUUUCAUGUUCCUGUUGAAGAGCGUAAGUUUGACCACAGUGACAAAUUUGGUGAAGGUGAAUCUGUGAGAACCUGCCUUGCAAUAAUGAAGGAAAGUGGUGCUCACAUUGAGAUAUCUUCCUCCAAAGAUCAGUCAUUGACAUUUUUAGUCACUGGCAAACAAAACGAAGUCUUGGAAGCUCGACGUCGUAUUCUGACAACGUUUCAAACCCAGGCGAACAAACAACUCAACAUUCCCAAAGAACAUCAUCGCUGGAUCCUAGGAAAGCAAGGACAGAGAUUGAAGGAUUUGGAGAAGACAACAGCUACAAAGAUUCAAAUACCUUCGGUGCAGGAUCAAUCCGAUACGAUAACAAUCACUGGCACUAAGGAAGGUAUUGAAAAGGCUGAGCAUGAAAUCAAAGUGAUUUCCGACGAGCAGUCAAAAAAAGCAUUUGAGAUUGUUAGUGUGCCAACGAUUUACCAUCCUUUUAUACAUGGUCCCCGUAAUGAAACUCUAAAUGCAAUGAUCGCCGAAACCGGAGCACGUAUAAACAUUCCUCCGCCGUCGGUACAAAAAGAUGAAAUAACAAUAGCAGGUGAAAAGGAAGGCGUUCUAGCAGCUAAAGAAAAGAUCGAAGCUAUCCACAGAGACAUGGCGCAAAGAUGCACAACGGUGUCCGUUGAAGUGCCAAAAUCUCAACACAAGCACGUCAUCGGACCCCGUGGUAGUACCAUUGCCGAAAUACUGCAGCUUACUGGCGUAAGUGUAGAAAUGCCUGCUGCAGAUUCAGCAACAGGAACUAUAACCCUUCGUGGACCACAGGAGAAGCUUGGUCUUGCAUUGGGUAAAGUUUAUGAGAAGGCAAACAGCGUCCGUAGCACAACGGUCGAGGCUCCUGCUUGGAUCCAUAAAUAUAUUAUCGGCCGCAAAGGAGCAAACAUCAAAAAAAUAACCCAAGACUUGAGCAACGUUCAUGUUGAAUUUACCAACACAGAAGAUAAGAUCAAGAUUGAAGGACCCCCUGAAGAUGUAGAAAAAGUUCAAACUGAACUGCAAAACAUGGUCACUGAUCUCAUCGACAAGCUGACAUUCACCGAACUUAACGUUGAUCCCAAAUUCUACAAGCAUAUUAUCGGAAAGAAUGGAACGAACGUUAAUCGUUUGAAUGAGGAGACUGGAGUCGUGAUCAAUAUAUCUGAGAACGACGGGAAAAAUCUUAUUCGCAUCGAGGGAAAUUAUGCUGGUGUAGAAAAAGCUAAGAAGGAACUCAUGGAGAUGGUUGAGAAAUUGGAAAAUGAAAAGGAAAAAGACGUUAUAAUCGACCAUCGUUAUUACCGCAGCAUUAUUGGAAGCAAGGGGGAUAACAUCAAAGAAAUUAGAGACAAGUUCAAUCAAGUGCAAAUAACUAUCCCUGGACCAGGCGAAAAACGUGAUGUGGUAAAAAUUCGAGGCCCCAAAGAGGACGUGGAUAAGUGCCACAAACAUUUGAUGAAGUUGGUCAAAGAGCUUAACGAGAAUAGCUUUGUCAUGGAGGUUCCUAUUUUUAAACAAUUUCACAAGUUUGUUAUAGGUAAAGGGGGCGCCAAUAUUCGCAAGAUUCGGGAAGAAACUCAAACAAAGAUUGACUUGCCAGCUGAGGGUGAGAAAAGCGAUGUUAUCACUAUAACGGGAAAGAAAGAAAAUGUUGAAGAGGCUAAAGAAAAAAUUCAGAAGAUCCAAAAUGAAUUGGCAAACAUAGUCACUGAGGAGAUUGUAAUACCUCCAAAGUUUUACAAUUCACUAAUUGGAACUGGAGGAAAAUUAAUUCAUUCCAUUAUGGAAGACUGCGGAGGAGUUGCUAUCAAGUUUCCAACCGCUGAGAGUCAAAGUGAUAAGGUCAGCAUCAGGGGGCCAAAAGAUGAUGUUGAAAAGGCAAAACAACAGCUUUUAGAAUUAUCCAAUGAGAAACUUUUAUCUAGCUUCACUGCUGAAGUUCGAGCAAAGGCCCAACAUCACAAAUUCCUUAUCGGAAAAAGUGGUGCGAAUAUUAAAAAGAUCCGAGAAUCUACGGGAGCACGAAUUAUUUUCCCAACGGACAAAGACGAGGACAAAGAGGUCAUCAUGAUCAUUGGCAAGCAAGAUGCGGUCGACAAGGCCAAAGCUGAGCUUGAAUCUACUAUUAAAGAAAUAGAUAAUAUCACAGAAAGUGAAAUCAGUAUUGAGUCCAAGCAUCACAGACACUUCGUGGCUCGUAGGGGAGAAGUACUUCACCGAAUCGCAGAAGAAUGUGGUGGAGUUCAGAUCUCUUUCCCGCGCGCUGGUGUCGACAGCGACCGAGUUGUCAUCAAGGGAGCGCUUGAAUGUAUCAAAGCUGCGAAGCAGCGUAUGCUAGAAAUUGUCCAAGAGUUGGAAUCUAUGGUAACGAUCGAAUGCAUAAUUCCACAACGACAUCACCGCACAGUUAUGGGUGCUAGGGGCUGCAAGGUUCAAGGUAUCACUGCAGAGUUUGAUGUACAAAUCAAAUUUCCAGAUCGUGUUGUGCAUGAGGAACAACGUCCUGAUGAACAAGUCAAUGGCGAGGAGACAGAGGCAGUAGAAACCGUUCCAGCUUGCGAUAUAAUCCGAAUCACUGGGCAACCAGACAAGGCAGAGGCAGCUAGACAAGCUCUUUUAAGUCUUGUUCCAAUUACUAUUGAGGUCGAAGUGCCGUUCGAUCUCCAUCGCUCGAUCAUAGGACAACGAGGUCGCGAAGUUAAAGAACUAAUGGAAAAAUAUGAUGUACAUAUCAUGCUGUCACCGGCUGAACAAAAAUUAGAUUUUAUCAAGAUUUCUGGAACACCACCGUGUGUAGAAGAAGCAAAAGAAGCUAUUCUGGAGAAAUGCAAGAAUCUGGAGGCUCAGCGACAAGAUAGAGCGCUGAAAUCCUUUGAAUUAAAGAUUGAAGUAGAUCCAGAAUAUCAUCCUAAGAUAAUCGGUCGCUCAGGCGCCGUAAUAAAGAAAAUUAGAUCUGACAAUGACGUUCAAAUAAAUUUCCCACGCAUUGGGGAACCCGAACAACACAUUAUCACCAUCACUGGUUAUGAGAAAAAUGCUCAAGACGCUCGUGAUGAUAUAAUGAAAAUAGUCAAUGAGCUGAACGAGCAGUCCAAAGAAGAAGUCCAUAUCAAGGCAGCUGUACACUCUCGAUUAAUCGGAGCCAAGGGAAGAAACAUUCGUAGAAUAAUGGACGAGUUUAAAGUAGACAUUAGAUUUCCACGAAAUACUGAUCCUGAUCCUAACAUUGUAACCAUAAUGGGGAGCGAGGAUAACAUCAACGAUGCUAAAGAGCACCUGCUGAAUUUGGAGGAGGAAUACCUCCAGGAUGUCAGCGAGAAUGAAAUACGAAACAGUUUCCGUUCUCCGAUUCAACGAGAUGAGGGAGGGUUGAGCGGCACUGAAAGCGAGACUGGAUUCGUAGUCAAAGGAGGUCCGUGGGAGCAGCAGCAACGAGCUGCUCCGAACACAGACAGCGUUACGGAAUUUCCAUCCUUCGGUGGUUCCGCUGCUCCCAUGCCUGCGUCUGCCCCAUCUGGUCCUUGGGGGGCUAAGCGCUAGAGUAGAGUAGAAGACAUCUUCUAAUAAAUAUCGGUCGACUUUAUAAGCUAAUGAAUUUUAAGGUAACUUUCCUCUGACAAACGACAAGGGUAACACUGCUGCUGGGUGGUUCCCUGUUCCAUUACUGAUGCUGCUGCAUACGACCUGGCCACUCUCUUGGACUUUGACACUGGUUUACUACACAAUGUACGACGACAUGUUUAUAUUUACAGUUCAAACUGACGUAUUUAUGUAUCUGUAACUGCAACGCGUAAUAAUGGUCGAUAGAAAAAAAAAAGUUAUAACACACCGUGACAUACUACACUAGAAAUCAGGUUAUUUAUAAUGUAGUAUGUUUGGGGGUGAUUUCACUUUGAACCGAACAUGUUUUUUUUUCAUCCAGACGACAUGCGUUGUAGGUUCAGAUAUAUUGUACUUAAGACUGUGGCUUCAUAGGAAUUAAUUUGCGUACUGUAUAUUCUUCAGAUUUGUCGAUUCUAGACGGAUCAAACACCGUGAUGGCUAAUUAUUAUUUUAUUUUUGUUUUUUUUUUCAAUUUUGAAAAUCUAUUAAUUAGCCAAGCAUAAUAUUUUGUUUAUUUAUUUAUAACUUUUUGUAUAUAAAUUCCAAUUUCUGUGUUGGACGUUAUAAUGAAAUUGGCUAGCAAAGCCAGACAUUGAUAUUAACUGCUAAAUGUUAAACGAAGAAAAUUAAUGGAAAAUUUCUGAAAAUGAAUUAGGUCAGUUUAAAGAACAUGUUCCUAUACAAUAUAUACUGAAUCUAUUGUAGAAUAUUAGCGAUUAUAAUCCGCGUACACAUAUACUGUUCUAAAAGAACAAGAAGGCACACUUUCAAUUGCUUGCUUUUCGGAAUUUACAAAUUUACGCUUCGUUAAAAUAGUUUAUUAGCACGACGUAAAUCGAGAUUUUUUAAUAGUAUAAAUGUAAACUGAAAAAAAUAUUAAUUUUUUAUAAUAUGAGUGUUAUCCUUACAACAAUGAGACGUAAAAAGGCACGGAAGAAAAAAGUUAUAUAUAUAACUCAUAUCCUGUAUUGUCGAUUUGAGUAACUUCUAUGUUGAUAUGAAAAGCAAGGAUUUUCUCCAAUACGGAUGACUUUAAAAAUACGAAAACCGCUUUGGGAACAUAAUCUUUAUAAGACCUUUCAAUUUAGUAAUUGAUUGACAACCCAGACUAACUAUUAUAACAAGAUGUGUCCGGUUGUAACUGGCGUUGUUAACAAAUAAGUAAUUACUCUACAUUCAAAUAGAGUAUACGAUACUGUUCAGUGUGUGAAUUUUUAUUUAUUCAAUUUUGUUUUACAACAACAACAACAAUAACAUUCAACUUUGGUGUAUGAUAUGCAAAAUCACAUAUACCAAUGUAUGAGGCCAACUAGUUAAGAAAACUAUUCGGUUCAAGUGCCUUGUCUACUUUCUUCAAAGACAGCUCAUUUUCAAUUGUUGGAGGAAUGUGAAUAUUAGGUUUAUGUAUAUGAUAUUGAUAAUAAUCAUUGUAUGAUUAACCAUGUGUAACCAGAUGAAUAUUGCAUAUAUACCACUGUCAAGAGACGAGCAAAAAAAAAUGACAGCUAAUAAUCAUGGAUUAAAGAAUUACCAAACACA